AACCCACGUGAUGGCAGAGGAAAAAAAAAAAAUCUGCGCCCAAUCCUAAAGCCCUAGGUCCCGAAACCACCACCGACCACGCCGGCGGCUCGCUGUUCUCCGUCCGAAAUCGAUGCCCCUGGCAUUCGGCUUCUCGCGGUCGCGCCUUCUCAACCGGCGCAUCAACCAUCCGGCGCAUCCAGUCCUUCGUCUCUGGCUCGCAUUCUCCUCCUCCUCCGCCUCGCCGUCCGCGUCGGAGCCCUCCUGCGCCGCCACCGGCGGUCGCCUGGCCACCAUCAGGGAAGGGCGGGCGGAAAUCUUUGCGGACAAUUCCAACUCGGUGUUUUACAACAAGGCUCAGGUUAACAACAGAGAUAUUUCUAUUGCUGUACUGAGAUCAUUUAUUUCGAAGAGAUGUGAAGAACAUGCCAUCCAAUCGAGGAAAGGCAGAAAUACUGAAAUACCACAAAAUGUGAUAGGAGGACCAAAAGACACUGCAUUGAGCGAACAAUCUAAGUAUAAAGCGCCGAAAGUUCUUGAGGCUUUGGCUGCAUCAGGAUUAAGAGCCAUUAGGUAUGCCCUUGAGGUAGAUGGAAUUGGGGAUGUUAUAGCUAUUGACAAUAAUGAAGUAGCUAUAGAAGCCUGCAAGAAAAAUAUACACCUCAAUAGCAGUCUUGCAUCUUCAAAGGUGGUACCGCAUCUUGCUGAUGCUCGUGUUUACAUGCUCACCCACCCAAAAGAAUUUGAUGUGGUUGACCUUGAUCCUUAUGGAUCACCAGCUUCAUUCCUUGAUUCGGCAGUUCAAUGUGUAGCAGAUGGGGGUAUCUUGAUGUGCUCAGCUACCGAUAUGGCAGUGCUUGCUGGAGGAAAUGUGGAAGUUUGUUUUUCCAAAUAUGGUUCUUAUCCAUUAAGAGGUAAACAUUGCCAUGAGAUGGCCCUGAGGAUUCUUCUUGCCUGCAUUGAGUCGCAUGCGAUCCGCCACAAGCGCUAUAUAGUUCCUAUAAUAUCAGUGCACAUGGAUUUCUACAUUAGAGUUUUUGUGCAAAUCUUCACCUCGGCUAGCACCGUCAAAAGUUCAUCACUCAAAUUGUCGCAUGUCUAUCAAUGCAUUGGAUGCCAUUCAUUUCACCUACAAAAUAUUGGAAGAAUUAACUCAAAGGAUAAGAGAAACAUUGUUCUACCAAAUUUUUGCCCUGCUGUACCUGAAGAAUGUUUUGAAUGUGGCCAUAAAUUUGUUAUGGGAGGACCUAUCUGGAGUGAUCCAAUACAUGACAAGGAAUGGGCUGCUUCCAUAUUGUCAAAUAUCCGUGCAAUGAGUGAUGUAUAUCCAGCUUAUGCAAAAAUUUCAGCUAUACUAACGUCAGUGUCAGAGGAAUUGCCCAACGCACCUUUAUUUGCGAGUCUUCACAAUUUGUGUGCAACACUGAAGUGCACUAAUCCAACCAUGGGUAUGUUACAUUCUGCAAUCAGAAAUGCAGGGUAUCAAAUAUCAGGAAGUCAUGUGGACCCACUAGCUCUUAAAACAGAUGCCCCAAUGUCUGUAAUUUGGGACAUCAUGAGAUGCUGGGUCAAGCUUCACCCAGUUAAGCAUCGACCUGGAAAUCAUCCGGGCAACAUAAUACUUUCCCAAGAGCCUAAGUUGCAGGCAAAUUUUUCGCAAGUACCCCAGGCUUCAGUCCCGCGGAAGAGCCCAAGAUUUGUCCCUAAUCCUGAGAAGUAUUGGGGUCCUAGACCAAAGGCUGGCAAGCAGCCAAAGAUAUGUCACGUGGACAAAUCCUAAAUCAGAAGUAUUAGGCCGGCUCCGUCUCGGCGGUCUCCGAGCGUAUGCAUGUUAGUCUAUUUUAGUUGUUUCGUUUGAUAUAUUUUGUAUGGUCUGGAUGAAGAUCAUUUGAAAUGAUUAGCGAUAUCCAGUGUUUCUUCAUGUUCGAGCCAAUGCUUCGUUUCAUACAUAAUAUUACAAAAGGUGAAUAGUCAUUAAGUGACCGUUUGACACGAAAGAACAAUAACCAGAUGACAAAGAAGCCUCCUGUGUUCACGUA